CAAUUACGGUGUCUUAGUUUUCUGUUUCGCUGGACGCGCUCCCUCCCACUUCUGUCACUUCUCUUUUCAGUCGAGGCGCACUGCGCUUUUACGCACGACUAGUGACACUGUGGAGAGGAGCAGAGUGCCAUGCAGACCGUCAGUGUGUGAGCGUGAACAAGAUGCUGCUGCCUGCUCUGCUUCUUGUCCUCUGGGGAGCACCGGCUCGGUGCCUGGAGGAGAAUGGAGCCUUCACUUUUGAUGGAGACAUCCGCCUCUUCACGGUGGCCAACAACACGGUUUACGUCGCCACAGAGGAGACGCUGUACCAGCUGAGCCACGACCUGACGCUGGUCCACAGUCACACCCAGAGAGGGAUCUUGACUGGUAGUUUUCAGACAAACACUGCGCAUUUUUCCCGGGUUUCUGAGAAGGACAAGGAGAACGCAACUUUCCGCGUCAACAUAUUAUUGCCGUUUGUUGAGAAUAAAACUGUGAUCAGCUGCGGUGUGAUCGAGUGUGGUUACUGCGAGGUGCUAGACCUCAACAACAUUUCAGAUGUGAAGUAUAUGGAGCACGUCCCGGUGGGACCCCCUUGGCACAACAGCUCGUCCGUCGGCCUCCUGGUCAAUGUGGAGCGGGUCACAAAUACCGAGACUUACAUCCUGGCUGCCACAGAGCGACGUAAAGACAUGUCCACUAAGACCAGCUGUCCUGACCCAGAUGCGGUUAGCAUUCAUAGUACCAAUAACAAACAGUCAGGAGGAAUAUUUUCCGCUGUUGGCUAUUCCCCAAAACCUAAAAUCACAAGUACAGGCAGUGUGGAGUUUGUGGAUGGAUUUCAGCUCAAUUCAAUCAUUUAUCUUUUGUCCAACGUGCCCUCCAGCGACAAGAGCAACAAAGUCCGUCUCAUCUGGCUCCAGGGCAGAGACAGUAAAACUCAGACCCUCGCAUCGCUGCGGGGUGCGACCCUCAGUAUCUCUGAUGGUGGUGGAGGCAGCAGACUCAUCUCCUCCUCUGUGAUCCCAGGAGGACCACCGGUGCUCUGGAGUGGAGUGUUCAGUGUGGAUGGAGGACCAACCAACACUGAGCUGCUACUGUUUGACAUCAGCCCAGAUCUCACUGGAGCCACUGAUGGAGAUCCUGACUUCUGCAGUAUCUGCCCUGUCAAGACCAAACUUGUGCCAAAGACUCUGAAGCCAAAGACAGUCCUCUUCAGACAGAGCUACAUGACAUCUGUGCUGGCAGUGAGACACAAAGCCUGGAUGGUUUUCUUCAUUGGGACAGGAGAUGGGCAGCUCAUUAAGCUUGCUGUGGACAAGAACUAUGAGACCACCUGUCCCAGGGUGCUCUACAGGGCCAGUGACGACCGCCAGCUGUUUCCCAAAAUGCAUCUGGAUCAAGUCGAUCUUAAACAUGUGUACAUGCCAUUUAAAAACCAGAUGAUGCGUGUUCCUGUGUCAAAGUGCAGCACAUACACCAGUGUGCAGGACUGCUGGUCUGCACAGGACCCAUACUGCGUCUGGUGCAGCUCUAAAAGAAGGUGCAUAUUUGAAGACGAGUGCCCAGAUUCAGACUGGAUUUCCAUUCCUGAUGAUUCCCAACAGAAAAUGGUUUCCUACAGUGUUGUGAAGGAAGACACUGGACAGAUCACACUUAACAUCCAGACACACCUGACUGGCGGCCAGAAGGCGCUGGAUAACUUUGCCUGUCAAUUCUCAUCCACUGCCACUAAGCCUUGUAGCACCGAAAGCCGUCCACAGUUCCCACGAUGCAGCUGCACCCUUUCAAGUAGCACACUUCCUGCUGAAGGCCUGGGUGUCACAGUUAAAAUUAGACUCGGGGAAACAACAUUGUCGGAAGAUCUGAAGCUUUCCAACUGCUCUGACAUAAGGGGACCGCCAUCCUCAGUCCUGUGUCGGCAGUGUAUCAAGGCUGGAUGUGGCUGGAGCUCUAACGGCUGUUCCUGGGCAAAUCAAGGAUUGGGGAAUGACGGCGUUUGCCAAAAAAUGGAGUCAAUGAUGAACUUUUCAAAACCACAGAUCUCCUCCAUAGCUCCCAGUGUUGUGUCAUUCUACGGCAGAAACCAUGCAGUGUUGUCAGGUUCUAACCUCAGAGAUGUGACCAGAGUGAGGAUCCAGGAGGACAUGGACUGCACUCCAAAAGAAUCUCCUGUGUGGAACAACACUGGUGUGAGUCUGACGUUCCACAUUCCCAGUGCCGAUAAUAAAGGUGUGGUCCAAGUGUGUGUUGUCCUCCAAGACGGUAGUUGCCAUGGCAGCGCAAAAAUCAACUACCGGUCAUCUCCAUCCUGCACCAACAUUACACCACGCAGCAGCUGGGCCAGUGGGACAAGGAAGAUCACACUCACGGGAUCCCAUCUGGAGUUUGUGGAAGGGGUGGUGCACAGCCAUGCCCUGCAGGAAGUCAAACCUCCGCGAAACAGCAGCUAUCAGCAUCUCACUUAUGAAACACCUGCAGCUGAAAAAGGGAAUUCUACCAGCACUGUGUCUCUUAAAGUAGCCAAUGAAACCUUGUCCUGCUCCACAACAAUAAGCUACUAUCCAGACCCCGAGUUCACUGCCUUCACAGCCAUAAAGACCGGGGCCGAUGUCCGCAUCACCAUACAGAAAAAGGUAGACAAACUGGAGUUAAGCCCGGCAGAAGUGUUGGUGUGGGGCGUACAGGAUGGAAAACGAUACCCCUGCAUCACAGAAGUCGAAGAAACCAGCGAGGACCUUAUCAUCUGUGAGAUUAAGAACACAUCCGGCACUAAAUUUCAGGAGUUAAAGAUACAGUUUGGAGACAAGCAAGUAACACUGGCUGGAAAAUCAUCAUUUCUUCCGUACCUGUUGCUGUUUGUUAUUCUGCUGGUAGUCCUUAUUAUUGUUGUGGUGGUGAUUGUCUGCCGAAGCCAACAGAAGAAGCUCACUGAUCGGAUGAACAAGCGUAUGGAAGACCUUGAGCUGGACAUCAGGAAUGACAUUAGACAAGGUUUUGUAGAUCUGCAGACAGAGAAAACGGACCUGAUGGAAAAUGUUGGAGCGAUUCCUUUCCUGGACUACAAGCAUUUUGCCUCCAGAAUCUUUUUUUCUCAGAAUGAAUCGUUGAUGACAUCAUGUAUCAAAGACAUCGGUCAGGAUGCAGUGAAGGUGAAGCUGGAUGAAUGUUGCCAGGGCUUGUCCAGGCUGAUCCAGGACCAGCUCUUCCUCACAUCUAUGGUUCACGCUCUGGAGGAGCAGAAGAGCUUCACCAUCAACGACAAGUGCACGUUGGCAUCAUUACUGACCGUAGCGCUCCACAACAAGUUGUCCUACCUGACGGAGGUGAUGGAGGCUCUGCUGAGGGCUCUGAUGCAGCAGAACAGCAAUGCUCAGCCCAAACUGCUGCUACGACGCACUGAGUCCACUGUAGAGAAACUGCUGACCAACUGGAUGUCCAUCUGCCUUUAUGGCUUCCUCAGGGAAAGUGUUGGCCAGCACCUGUUCCUGAUGGUGAGCGCUCUCACGCAACAGACUGCAAAAGGCCCCGUGGACUGUGUGACCGAGAAAGCUCUGUACACACUCAGCGAGGACUGGCUGCUGUGGCAGGCUCAGGACUUCAGCUCCCUGAAGCUGAAGGUGCUGUUUGCAGUGGGCAGUGAUGGAGAGGUGAGCGAGCCUCUGGAGGUCAACGCUCUCAGCUGUGACUCAAUAGAGCAGGUCAAAGAGAAGAUCCUGUCCGCCUUUAAGGCCAAGUUCGGCUUCCCCUACAACAGCCCCCUCAGGGACGUCCGGAUUGAGUAUGAGAGGGAUGGAGUGUUUUUUCCCCUUGAGGAAGUAGAUGCAAGCUCUGAGGUUAUUGGGGAGGUGACAAUGCUCAACACACUCAAGCACUACAAGGUUCCUGAUGGAGCAACAAUCAAAGUGCUUUCUAAGAAAACUCAUCCUCCUCUGAGCCCCCAGGGAAGUCUGAAGGAUGAUGAAAACUUCUCUGGAAAAUACUUCCACUUGAUUGACCCCGAUGUAGAGGAGGACCCAAAAAAGAACCCAGAGAGGAAGAAGUUAAAACUGAAGGAAGUGCACCUCACCAAGCUGCUCUCCACCAAGGUGGCUGUGCAUUCAUUUGUGGAGAACCUGUUCAGAUCUAUCUGGGGAACGCCACCCAGUAGAGCCCCGCCUGCUGUCAAAUACUUCUUUGACUUCCUGGACACUCAGGCAGACAACAUGAAGAUAACCGACCCAGACGUCCUGCACAUCUGGAAGACCAACAGUUUGCCUCUGCGAUACUGGGUCAACAUCCUUAAAAACCCCCAGUUUGUUUUUGACAUGGAGAAGACUCCACAGUUGGAAAGCUGCCUUUCUGUCAUUGCUCAGGCCUUUAUGGACUCCUUCUCCCUCAGUGAGACCCAGCUAGGAAAGCAUGCACCCACCAACAAGCUCCUCUACGCCAGAGACAUUCCUCAGUUCAAACAGGAAGUAAAGGCUUACUACAAGCAGAUCAGAGACCAGUCACCAAUCACACACUCUGAAUUUAAAGAAUUCCUGCAGGAAGAGUCAAAGAAACAUGAAAAUGAGUUCAAUGAAGCUGUGGCCCUCAGAGAACUGUACAAAUUCCUACAGCGGUACUUCACAGAGAUUAAAGAGAAGCUGGACCAAAAUGGAGCCCCUCCUGAGCUGACGGAGCAACUACAUCAUGUUAAAAACUUGUUUGAUGGACUAAAAAGCUGCUCCUGGAACUGAACUGCCAUCCUUUUACUCGUAUGAAGGAACUAUGGAUGACAGGGUGAGGACUGUAGCGUCCCCUGCCACAAAGAUGGACAUAUGGCACUUCAGUUUUGUGCCUCUCCGGAAAAUUACUUGUGGUACUCUGGGAAGUUUAGCAUUAAGAUUGUGGAUUUUUGAAGUUACUAUUUGUGGCACAUAUCAGCAGUCAGGAGCUUUACAGUAUAUAAAAAGGACUGAAUGUAGUCUUAUGACUGUAUGUAACACAUCUGUUGAGCGGUCAUGUGUUUGAAUGUUUAUGUCUAAGCUGUGGUUUCACAGUGAAAAACAACUACUUCCUUAACUUAAUUGUUGCAACACAGUAUUAAUUUUUAUGACUCAAUAUCCAACACAGACUUUUCCAGACGUGUCCGAACAGGUUUAUUUGUAAAUCAGUACAUUUCAAUACACAGUUAAUGUGAAACAGUCUGUGUAAACAUUGUGCAAUUCACAGCUGGUAGUGCCUUUUGUUUUUAUCAAAUCUGUAUAAAAGCUUUUUCAGAGUUGUCUCAUAGCAAACAUGUAAACAACAGACAUCUCAAUACAAAAUCAAACCCU